UAACACAGACAUAUUCAGUGUUCGAUCAACUGUUACAAUUGAAACAUUUCGGCGGUUAUUUUAAAAGUGUCUUGUUAGUGUUUAGGUCAGUUUCAUAUUAUUAUUUAAGGAUGUCAUCGCGAUUAAGAAAAAUUCUUGAUUUAAUUCAGACUGAAAAUAGUAAAAGUCCUCAUCUUGACAAAUCUUGACAACCAGGCAGAUACUUCAUCUAAUGAGCUGAUAAAACCUAAUGAUACUAUUAAAAGUCAGAGUAUUGAAGUUCAGAUAUUAUGUGAUAUUAAAAGUAAACCUGAAAAUCAACAAUAUAUAGGUGUAUCAGAAUAUUUUGAAGCUACUAAAGCCCGUAAAAAGACACCUAUAGAUUAUCGCGUUUCACCUGUUAAUCCUGAUGAAAGCGAUGCAGAUUCUUUUCAAAUACAAAACGAGAAACGGGGUAAUGUUUUAUUUACAUCUAUUUAUCGUUCGAGUUCUAGUAGUAGUUCUUCUUCUACCUCAAGAUCAAGUUCUUCAUCAUCUAAUAGCUCUAGCGAUGAGUCUGCGGAAGAACAUAAUGCUCAUAACAAAGAAAAUACUAGAUCGGGCCCAUCAAUACAACUUGAUAAAAGAACAAGUGACAUAAUGCAAGAUACUAUAAUGCAUGAUUCAACUUCGGCAGCAAAUAAAGCAGCUGUUGCAGUUUUUACUAAAGGUAGAAAACGCACUAGACAACCGGAAAAUUGGAAACAAACGAAAUCUAAGAUUUUGAGAAAUUCAGGUAAAUCAUAUAUUAAUAGCAAAAAUACAAUAACUAAAGCUCGUCAACUCAAACCACCAUGUAAAGAUACAUGCAGAUUGCGAUGUUUUACCAAGAUUAAUAGUGUUCAAAGGCAAAAUAUUUUUGAUACAUAUUGGGGAAUUGGGGAUAUUCAUAAUCAGCGAUCUUUCAUUUGGUCAUGCUUAACUAAUAUUGAACCCAAAUAUAAAUAUACCAAUGCUUUGGCCCCAAGAAAUUGUAACAAAGCUUUCCAUUUUAUUGUUAACGGUAAUCCAAUCCGCGUUUGUAAAGUUUUUUUUCUUAAUAUUUUGGAUAUAUCUGAUCGUGUGGUUCGUACGGUUAGAAGUAAGACUGACGAACAUGGAGUUUUGAAGACUGAUUUUAGAGGAAUGACUUGUAACCGUAAAUCAGAUGAGGUAUUAAUUUCUGACAUCAAAGAAUUUAUUAACUCGAUUCCAAGAACAGAUUCCCAUUACAGACGCCAAUCAUCGAUCCGUGAAUACAUAGAUGGUAGUAAAACGAUAGUCGAUCUUUUUAGAGAUUUUGAAGAGGUACAAAACAAAAAAAUAAGUCUGCUGGAAAAUUUAAUGAUUAAGGUAACAAAGAAUAACCCGUUUUCUUUUUUUAUUAAAGAAUCAUACAAACAGCAGAAUUUUUCUGAAGUAUAUGUACGGAAUAGGCGAACUAAAAUGUUGCCUUUAAACCAAUUAACACUAGUUAAGGCUUACACAGGCAAACAAGAGUUGAGCGAGAAUAAAAAAAAGAUUUACGCGAGUUAAUUACUAAGAAUUUGAUGCCUAAUUUUUAUUCUGAUUUUUAUGAUUCCAUUCUGUAAUGUUAGCUGCAAAGAAACUGAUUUUAUUUUUUAUAAUUUUAAAUUAUAUAAAUUAAAUUUAUAAGAAAAAAGGAUUAGAAAAGGUUUGUGAAACCUUUGUGUUGGAAUUAUACGAUUAACUAAUUUUGAAAAUUUUUAUAAUAUAACCUGUUGGAACUGAUUUAAACCAAAGCAGCCCAAUCAAGUUUAAUGUGAGACUGAUUAAAUUAUGUCUUAGAAUUUAAUUACUUAUAGUUUGUUAGUUAAUCAGAUAAUUAUUGGUAUCAAAUUAAAAAGUUCUGUGAAACUAUUAAUUAUGUUAAGUAAAUAAACAUAACCAGAAUCUAUUAAUUAGUUUUAUAAUGAAAGUGUAUUUUUAAGUUCUAGUAACAUAAGUGCAACAACGUUAAUAAUUUUCGGAGUUUUAAUACAAGUUUGUCUUUAUUGUUGAUUUUAGUUUCCAUUAAAAGAGACCAAACUGAGAAAAAA